GAGACACGGUGCGGAUUCGGCUCUACUACUAUAGAUAUUACUGGCGAAAAAUAUUAAUGAGGUUACACCUGCUGUUCACUGAAUGGAGAAUUGACUUGAUCAUAUUUACCAGCUGAAUCAAUUUAAUAGUACAUACGGGAAUUCUCAAGGUGAAAAAAUAUCAACUUUUUAAAUUGAAAGCGUUGCUCAAUAGAAGAAUGCAAAAUACGAUUAAGUAUCAUCUGACAGGGAUUUCAAGAAAGCAGCAGCUGUAUUUAGUUUGGAAAUGGCUUCUUCCACUUAAUUGAUCCUUGGAGAAUCAGUUUGUUAAGUUUCACCACAAGAGAUUAUCUUAUUGGCCAGAAGAGAGGGUUCGAUGAAGGCAGUUAGGACAAACGUUUGUAAUUUCAUUAUCUUCUUGUUAGGAUAAUGGAAUAGAACAGCCCUCGUGAGUUAACUGGUCCAUCAGUUACCAAAUGUGAGUGAUCAUUCAGCAGCUUGCGAGUAUACUGACGACAUUACUCUCCGCGGUGAUCUAGACAGUGGAGCCAUUAAGAAGUAAACACGAGUUGAGUGACGAAUAAUCAUUCUCAGCAGGUUUUACUCAAAUAGAUAAUAGUUUGUAUAAUCUACGUUUUGAUAUGCACAACACUUCUUAAAUGAAAACAGCCUCAAACCUGGACGAAGUUCAUUAUGCUAUCUCUCUGCUCUAUUUUCAUAGCAAUUUUGGUAUUUCGAACAUUUGAAUUUGUGUACGCAGAUGAUAAAGCGGUAAGCCUACAGUUUACGUCACAUCCAACAGACAAUGAUGCAAUUGAAGGCACUAAGACGUUAUUAAGCUGCUAUGUUGAGGGCCUAAGUCAGGGUAUGGUCGUAUCAUGGAUGAGGGAUGACACACGUUUAAGCAAAGGUACAGAAUUAUUAAACAAUCCAAAUAAGAAACGUUACAAGUUGGAGGUUAAUAAUUCAGGACAUAUGUACAUUAUUUUCAUCGACCCAGUCCAAAUGUCCGAUGCAGAUCAUCUGUUCUUUUGUGCGGUAUAUAAAAAUGAUGUUGAAUUACUUAAGUCAAAAAAAUGCAGGUUAAAUAUAAAACAAGUUCCAUCUUUACAGUUUCCACAGUGCUCGAUGAGCAAGCCAAGUUACAUUGAAAAUGAUAGAGCGACAGUCACAUGUAUGACAGAGGAUGUUGAUCCGGAACCUACAAUCACUUUGAUGUACGAAAACAGGCCCGUUACGAAAGCAAUUAAGGAAAAAUCAGACGGUCAUGUUACAAAAAAAUAUACGUUCACAGUGGAUCGAAAAUAUGAUGGGAAAACGAUUAUUUGUUCACAGAGAACUACAGCUGUUCAAUCAUCCGAGUUGCGGAAUUGUAGCGCUGGUCCUUUUAGGAUCAAGUACAAACCUAAUGUCACAAUACAAGGUAAUCUGUAUCACCACAUUGGUAAAGAGGAACUUUACGUGUGCAGGGCCGAUGCAAAACCGGCCGCAAAUAUGUACUUAUGGUCUUUUGAACCAAAUCUCCCAUCGGAAUACCACAAAAUAGAAAACAAUGAUCAAGUUUUGCGCCUUAACAUUCCAGAUAAUUAUAACGGUACAACGAUUCGCUGUGAGGUUUACAAUUCUGUUGGAAGCAGCAUGCAAGAGAUUCAAAUCUUUACGUAUUAUGACCCGUCAGACCCGACAUUUACUGUGGAAAAGGUAGGUUCAAGCAAUGACUUCACUAACAAUAAAAAUCCUGGUUCGUCCGUAGACUCCACAACUAUGUUAUCCAUUGCUGGUAGUGCAUUAAUGCUCACUGCUUUAUUGAUUGGAAUAUUAUUAUGUUAUUUUCAAAUCUGUAAAAUACAAAGGAAUUCUUUGACGGCAUCAGGAUAUAGAAUUGCACAACCAGAAGUUUACUUUGUUCCCAAGGACAGUAUUGCACCGUCAGUACAGAACUGCGACUGCAACGAUUGGAAACGAACAGUAGGCAUACAAGUUCCCACUGACUUAGAUAUUGAGUCUGUCUACAUGGAUAUUGAAGAUGGUAAAAAAACAUGUUCACAUAAAUCGGUGUGAAUAAUACAAAUUUUGUUUGUUUUGAGAUUGUUGUGUAAAGAAUAUGUAUAUAUGUUUUUGCUGCAAAAAAAUAGAAGUUGUGUACCAUGAAGAUAUAUUUGGAUUUGGAUAUUAUUAGAGAGCAGAUAUGAAGGUCAUUUUUUAACAAAGAUUAUUUGUAUAAUAGGUAAUAUACACAUUAGUUCCAAGUAGAAAAUUGCGAUUGGAAAACAAGGGCUUAAUCUAAAGGAAAAUGGUGUUAAUGUCGAUUAGCAUAAGACCAUGUGUGUACCAAUUAAUUUUGUUAGAGCAAUUUUCCAAUAUAUUUGAAUUUUAAGUGUAAUUACACAAUGCUAAUCCGGUCUUUAUAGCUCAUAGAGUUAAUCUUUUAAGAAAUUGUGAAUUAACUCCACAUAAAAAUGCAAAAAACUUAAUUUGUUUUGAAAUAUGUUUCCAUGGUUAAAUGUCUCAAUAAAAUAUGUCAUUGAAUUUUGAUUAUAACAUAAUAAAGAAAAUAAAUAACAAAAAUCUCAAAAUGUUAAUAAAAUAUAUUGAGAAGACAUCCAAUGACAUUCCACAACUUAAUAUUAUUUUGCACAACCCAUCAAAACACCAAUAAAAGGGAAUUAAUCACAUUUUUAUGAUGCUUAUACUGUUAUCUUGCAUUUAAAGUUUAAUAGAAAAAUGGUGCUGAAAAUUCAACCAGAACAACAAGAAUAGUUGAAGAUAAAUUGUUUCCAAGUACUACAGUAAAUGCAUCAAUUUAACAAUUACAUGCAAGAUUUAUUCUUUUAUGGAGGAAAAAAUAAUACUUUAAUAAUAUGUCUGAUUCUAUAGUGCAUAAGGCCAAGGACUUUAUGCUCAUAAAAUAAUUACCCAAGUCAUAGGAUAACACCUAUGAAACACACACUCUGGUCCCUUGGGGGGAGUAUCCCAUAAUGUUGCUGUUAAAGUAAGUGUGCAUUGGCAUUUGAACUCAGAGAAGACUUUUUUAUACCUUGUUUAGUGAACACACUGCCCGCCAAUGAAGAUGAUUUCAAAUAAAAAUAAAAUUUUAUUUUUAGCCAAUCAACGCACUUGUCGCCAUAAAAAAUGGAAAUUUCAGAAUAAAAUAAAAGUUUUCCUUUAUUUUAUUAUGCCCACUGCUACAUUGUUUUCCCCAUAAAUGUAUAUUUCUUCCUAACUAUAGAAAUUUAAAGCAUUUAACCAUCCUAUUACUACAUUGUUUACAUGCACCAAUAAAAUUGUAUUUUUAUUUUCACCUCCAGCCAUCUGGAUGUUUUUGGCAAAACUAUUUCCUAAAUAAGAAAACAAAAUUUUACUUUUAUUUUUUUUCUGCCCUCUGACUAUCUUAAAAAUGCAUAAGUUUGUGAAACAAGGUAUAAAAAACCCUUGCCUUAGGUACCACUUACUCUACACUCUGGAAUUGGAAUAUAGCAAAACAAUAUGGUAAAAAUGAUAAUUAUUACAAUAUACAUACAGCUGGUAAAAAUGCAUUUAUACAUUAAUUUUGCAUUAAGGCAUAAUAAGAAUGUGUACUAGGCCUAUAUAUAAUGUAUAUAUGAAAUAAGUGGACCAAAUGCCUCUGAAAGCAUAUGUUGAAUAAAUUAACUAUACAAGUUUUAAAUGUAGUUUUCUGACCAUUUUUUUUUAUCAUACGUUACAAUUUGGCUGGUUGAUCGUCAUAUCAAACUAUCCCUUUCGCCCAGAUUAGGUAGUAGGGAGAGCUUUUGAUUGCACGACGACAGUAGGACAAAGAACGUAAUGACGUCACUAAAAGUCACCUGAGCAUGUGAAAAUGUUAAAUUCUCCUCAUUGUGUUGAAUUCUAGGACGCAAUUUGGCCAAAUCUAUGUAUACAGAGAACGUAGGGUGCUCGGUACUGCAGUCAUGCAUGAGUGAUUCCAUUCUAGCGUUGCGUCGUCGUACAAAUUAAAAGCUCCCUUAUAUUUAUUCAUCAUUUUCUUUAUAUGAAAAUCUUCCAGCUUUACUCAUAAAUUGCAAAUAGAUAUACAGUACAAUAACCAUCUCUUUGGCUUACUGUAUCACGAAAAUUGUUUGACUAAAUUUUUCAAAUUAAACAUCAUGCUUAAUAUAUAAGAAUAUAAGAGUGGUAUUACCAGCAAAGUAGUAUUUAUAAUAAUGUAAGCGUGCAAUUACAGUGCACUCUCUAAUUUGAGACCCCUCUAAUUUGAGACCAUUUAAAAAAAUAAACCAAAUAUUAACAAUCUUCAAUUCACAACGCUAGUCCUUUAAUUGGAGAUGGAACCCCAAGACUACUGAAAUUUUUAGAUUCCAAAGGUACUCUUGAAUUGGAGGGUGAACUGUAUUCAAUUUUUUCAAGGGGAAGAACAGGAAAAAGAGAGGUGAUGUGGUAGAAUGACCAGACUCUUUGAGACAUGACAGAUGGGGGCAGGCAGAGUUGCUGUAAAGGCAUUUAAUGCUGAUAUAAACACAUUUCGUUAGUUCAAUCAUCGGACAAUGAUCAGCGAAUUUGAUCAAAAUUGUAUUGAUAUGCAAUAUAUAUUUUGUCUUAGUAACAAAGACAGAAGCUAUUGGAAGCCAGAUGAAAGUACUCAAACACUUACGGAUUUGUUUUAUAGCAGAUACAAGAUACAAUAUGAACCACUGCCACUGGGGAUUUGGCAGCUGCACUACCUCCAGCUACCACCUUUAAUGACCUUGAGUAUACAGUAGUAGGAAGUCAAUGUAGAACUGACACAAACACAUCGAAAUAGCAUUUGCAGUACCUACGACUACUAGUGGAUCAAACUCAACACUAGUCACUAAGCACAAUCUCGGUGGUCUACUGGUUAUGACACCUGGAGGACGUGGGUUCAAUUCCUGCCCAAAUCACUUACAAAUUUUUUUUGCUAGUAUUUGGGAACGUACUGAGUAUUCAGUACGAUUACUAGUCAGGUAGGGCAAAACAUCACUCUUACAGUAGGAAGUUCUUAGAAAUAUGUUCGUUUUUAACAACUACAAUAAAUAUAAAAUAUUCUUUA